AGAAGCCCCGCAGCCGCGGCGGCGUUAACAGCGCGAGCUAAGCGCACUGUCCUCUCCACCGCCCGCGGGUCCGCCCGCCCGCGCGGGAGACCCGGAGCCACCACGGGAGUCCGCGCCCCGCCCGCCGAACCUCGGCCAGGACCCACCCGCAGCAGAGGGCAGAGCCCGCCAGCGCUUCCAGGGAGCUCACCCACCUCCGCGCGCCGGAGCGCAGGAAAAAGGGGGAGGAAACGUUCCUCUUGGUGGCCACCACUCUUUCUCGCCCUCUCCAAGAAUUUGUUUAAGAAAGCGCUGCGGGAAGAAGACAUCUUCUUGAAUUCUCUAACAGGGGCGGAGUCUACUGCUGACCUGCGGUGCCACCUCGGUUUCACUGCUCUCGGUGACGACCCCUGACCAGCCGGGGUCACGUCCGGAAGACCGGAUCAUGAAGCGCUUGGUUUUCACCUGGCUCUUGGUUGGGCUCAGCCUCGGUGUCCCCCAGUUCGGCAAAGGUGAUAUCUGUGAUCCCAAUCCAUGUGAGAAUGGAGGCAUCUGUUUGUCAGGGUUGGCUGAUGACUCCUAUUCCUGCGAGUGUCCAGAUGGCUUCACAGAUCCCAACUGUUCUAGUGUUGUGGAGGUUGCAUCAGAUGAAGAAGAGCCAACUUCAGCAGGUCCCUGCAUUCCUAAUCCGUGCCAUAAUGGAGGAACCUGUGAAAUAAGUGAAGCAUACAGAGGGGACACUUUCAUAGGCUAUGUUUGUAAAUGUCCCCGAGGAUUUAAUGGGAUUCACUGUCAGCACAAUAUAAAUGAAUGUGAAGCUGAACCUUGCAAAAAUGGUGGUAUAUGUACGGACCUUGUUGCUAACUAUUCCUGUGAGUGCCCAGGAGAAUUUAUGGGAAGAAAUUGUCAAUAUAAAUGCUCAGGCCCAUUGGGAAUUGAAGGUGGCAUCAUAUCAAAUCAGCAAAUCACAGCUUCAUCCACCCACAGAGCUCUUUUUGGUCUCCAGAAGUGGUAUCCUUACUAUGCACGUCUAAAUAAGAAGGGACUUAUAAAUGCCUGGACAGCUGCAGAAAAUGACAGAUGGCCAUGGAUUCAGAUAAAUUUGCAAAGAAAAAUGAGAGUUACUGGUGUGAUUACCCAAGGGGCCAAGAGGAUUGGGAGCCCAGAGUAUAUAAAAUCCUACAAAAUUGCCUACAGUAAUGAUGGAAAGACUUGGACAAUGUACAAAGUGAAAGGCUCCAAUGAAGACAUGGUGUUCCGUGGAAAUGUUGAUAACAACACACCCUAUGCUAACUCGUUCACACCCCCCAUAAAAGCUCAGUAUGUAAGACUCUAUCCCCAAGUUUGUCGAAGGCACUGCACUCUGCGAAUGGAACUUCUUGGCUGUGAACUAUCUGGCUGUUCUGAGCCUUUGGGGAUGAAAUCAGGACACAUACAAGACUAUCAGAUCACUGCCUCCAGCAUCUUCAGAACGCUCAACAUGGACAUGUUCACUUGGGAACCCAGGAAAGCUCGGCUGGACAAGCAAGGCAAAGUGAAUGCCUGGACCUCUGGCCACAAUGACCAGUCACAAUGGUUACAGGUGGAUCUUCUUGUCCCUACCAAAGUGACUGGCAUCAUCACACAAGGAGCUAAAGAUUUUGGUCACGUACAGUUUGUUGGUUCCUACAAACUAGCCUACAGCAAUGAUGGAGAACACUGGACUGUAUACCAGGAUGAAAAACAAAGAAAAGAUAAGGUCUUCCAGGGCAAUUUUGACAAUGACACCCACAGAAAAAAUGUCAUCGACCCUCCCAUCUAUGCGCGACACAUAAGAAUCCUUCCUUGGUCUUGGUACGGAAGGAUCACACUGCGGUCAGAGCUGCUGGGUUGCACAGAGGAGGAGUGAAGAGGCUGCACAUCCCACAACACCCUUCUUUAUUUCGCUGAAAGUAUCUCCAUGGAAUAAACUGUGCUAAAUCUGUAGGAAACUGAAUGGGGUUUGUUUUCAUGAAAAAGUGCUCAAAUUAUGGUAGGCCACUAACUGUCUUUUUAAGGAGGUCUAAGCCUGCCUUUUUGAUUAUUUGAUUUUUUUUUUUUUUGUUCACCUCUCUUAAGUAACCAUCACAUUAACUGUAAAUUACUUUUCUCAUUGUUUUUCUGAAUUAGUGCACUGGUUGAACUACAUUAGGGAAAGAAAGUAGCCUUCUUUUUAUAGCAAAAAUUAAAAAAAAGAACCUCAUAGUUAUCUGGUAAAAGUUGAUAGAGCUUUUAAAAUCAAUACUCAACUAAUUCUUAUAAAAGAAAAACUAUGAUGUUAGCAAUAAGUUUUUUUUUCUGUAAUGACUGCAUCAUCCUUUUUCCCUGUGCCUACCUAACACUAUCAGUGUUUAUAACAGAAUUAGAAGAAUCUGUAAUAUGCAGUACAAAUUAAUAUUAUGAUUCUCAUUUUACUUUCAUUAUUUCUAAUUAGUGAUUAUGUAACUUUUUUCCUUUUUCUUUGCAUGUGUAUUCUUUACUUUUUAUAUUGCCUGGAUAAAUCAAUCCUUUUUUCCUAACUGAAUUUUUCUCCAAUUAUUUGCCUGAAGAAUUUUCAUAUUUACUCAUAUAUAAGGAACCUGAUUAAAGAGCAGUAGAUUGAACUAUACUUAAUAUUGACAAAUUGAAUAUGAAAUUUUAUUUUUGAGGGAAGGUAUAACAAGGUAAUUUCCAAAUACUU